AUGACAGAGGAAAAAAAAAAAAAAAAGUCAAGAUGUUGUCAGCUUUGUCACGCGUGGUGUUUUUCACUGCACUCUCUCCACGAACAGAUAGUCUAUGCGGAGCGACCUCUAACUGACAACAACAGAUCUUUGGCCUCCUAUGGCUUGAAAGACGGGGACGUGGUGAUUUUGCGACAGAAGGAGACCGUAGAGCCACGGCCCUCCAUCCGUUUCCCAGGUCUGCCAAGGAUAGACUUCAGCAGCAUCGCUGUUCCUGGGACAUCCUCUCAGCAGCAUCAGCCGCCAGCGCAGCGUCCUCGCCCGUCGCCUCCCGAUGCACCUUCGUUCCCUCAGGGUUUGGACAACCCGGCGCUGCUCCGGGAGAUGUUGCUUGCGAAUCCCCACGAGCUGUCCCUGCUGAAGGAGCGCAAUCCGCCCUUGGCGGAAGCGUUGCUCAGUGGAGAUCUUGAGAAAUUCACCAGGGUGUUGCUGGAGCAACAGCAGGACCGAGCCCGGCGGGAGCAGGAGAGGAUCCGACUCUAUUCAGCUGACCCUUUUGAUCUGGAAGCACAGGCCAAGAUAGAAGAGGACAUAAGGCAACAAAACAUUGAAGAAAAUAUGACAAUAGCAAUGGAAGAGGCCCCCGAGAGCUUUGGGCAGGUGGUGAUGCUGUAUAUUAACUGCAAAGUCAAUGGACAUCCAGUGAAAGCCUUUGUUGACUCAGGUGCCCAGAUGACCAUCAUGAGCCAAGCUUGUGCUGAAAGGUGCAACAUAAUGAGGCUGGUAGAUCGGCGGUGGGCUGGCAUUGCUAAAGGUGUAGGGACACAGAAAAUAAUUGGCAGAGUGCACCUAGCUCAGGUCCAGAUUGAAGGGGAUUUCCUGGCGUGCUCUUUCUCAAUCCUUGAAGAGCAGCCCAUGGACAUGCUUCUAGGACUGGAUAUGCUAAAGAGGCAUCAGUGUUCGAUUGAUCUCAAGAAGAAUGUACUAGUGAUUGGCACGACUGGCUCGCAGACCACUUUCCUCCCAGAAGGAGAACUCCCAGAGUGUGCCCGGCUGGCGUAUGGGGCCGGGCGGGAAGACAUGCGGCCAGAGGAGAUUGCAGACCAGGAACUAGCAGAAGCAAUACAGAAGUCUGUAGAGGAAGCAGCAAAAUCUGUCUGCAUGAAGGCAUUCGGGGGUGCUUGCUGUUUAAUUUGUGCUCUCCUUGCAUCUUCCUGCCUGCUCUGGUUUCUCGGCCUUCGAAGGUGUGGAGAUAAAUGGUUGUUUGGCACCCGUUCACCUGGGUCGAGUUAUAGUGCCUAGGCAGGGACGUGGUUCGGUUGUGUGAUAUUUUAGCAGCCUUGUGUAGGACAGCUUUGUGGAGGCUCCCACAAAUCCUGUUCUUAAUAGCUGCAGCGUAUAAAAAUAGAGAAGCUGUAGCAGUAAGUACAAAUCUCUGGACAAAAGUUCAUGGCAGUUUUUAGAAAUAGUACUAUUUCAGCA